CUAUAGGCAUAAAUUUUUGCUCUGGCAAUACCAGUGCUUGCAUUUGUGUUGUCUGAGUUUGAAGACGCUUGGAAUUUGCUUUCAAUUUCUUCGUAGGAAAAAUGUCGGGUGAUACCGAUAAAGCAAAAAUCAGUGAUAAUCAGGAUGAAGACAAAAAGUCAGUGGCAGAUGACGGCCAUACAACAGAAGAUGAGUCAUCCCAGGAUUCAAAGGGUGAGUUGGUGUCAGAGGCCCACGGUGAGCCAGGUAACGCGAUAGUAGAUCAACCAAACCAUGAGGAGCCCCCACCAGGAGAUUCGAAAACGACUGCGAAUGGCAAGGAUGAUCCCGGUGAUGACUCGAAGGACGGCAAGGAUUCAAAGGAGGAUGGAGAACUGAAAAAGGAGGAAAAUGGGGAGAGUCCUGAUGAGAAUGACAAAGGAGAUGUGAAGGAGAACGACAAGGCAAGCAAGGCUGCAGCCAAGAAGAAACCCAAGAAGGAGGAUACAGAGGAAGAAGACGAGGAAGACGAAGAGAUGGAAGAAGAAGAGGAGGAGGAGGAGGGCGAAGAGGGUGACGAGGAGGAAGAGAAGGAGAAGGCGAAGAAACCGAAAGAGAAAGCUAAGAAACCUCAGAAGAAAGCGAAGGAAGGUGAGGAAGAUGGAGAAGAUGACGAGGAAGGUGAAGAGGAAGGCGAAGAGGAGGAGGAGGAAGAAGAAGAGGAGGAGGCGCCUAAACCUAAACCUAGGAAAGAGCCAAUGGAGCCUCCGGUGCCAAUACCAGCCGGCAAGGGAAUACCACUUGGUCACAUCAGUAAUGUUGAGGUGUCACUGUCCAGAUUCAAGACACAAGAUCAGAAGCUGCUGCAUCAGUAUUUAUAUGGACAACUGUGCAUGGACCGCAACGUAAAGAGGAAUAUCAAGAAGUUCAAGGGGUACGAGUGGUCUAUUGGCUCGUCAGACUACAAGGCUAAGUUGGAAGAGACCGGCAAAUUGGAGCCCAAGCAGCUCAGGACCAUGUGCGAGAUGCUGGACCUCGAUAAGAAAGGCUCCCCGUCGGAGCUGGCCAGCCGGCUCGUGGGCUUCCUGCAGCAGCCCGCGGCCAACUCGCCGCACGCCCGCGGACACGCGCGCGCGGCCCCCGCCGCACACACGGCGGGCGGCCGGCCGCGACGGUCGGCCGCCGUCAAGAUACACAACAGAGGCUACUCUGACGAGGAAUAUGAAUCAGACUCGGAGACUAAAGUGAAAGGCCCCAAACUGCCAAAGGGCGAAGGCUCAGAAGAUUCCGAUGGCUCUUUCAACCCUAGCGGCUCUGAAGCGGACUCUGACUUCGAUCCGGAAGGAGGUGAAGGAGUGGCUGGUGUCGCGCGGAAGCGGAAGUCCAGCGGAGGAGGCCGCCGUCGCUCUGCGGGUCGCCCGGCCAAGAAAGGAAAGAAGGGGAAGGGGAAGAAAGCCAGCGUCAAGCCCAGCAGAGGACGCGGGCGUAGGGCCAAGUCCGACAGCGAGGAGGAGAGUGAAAAAUCAGAGAGCGAGAGUGACGCAGGGGGAGAGUCUGGUAGCGAGGGGGCCGAGUCUGAUGAGCCGAAAUCGAAGCGGGGACGUCCCUCGGCCACGGCCGUAGCUAAGGGUCGCAAGCCCGUCGCCAAGGCUCCCGUCAAGGCCACACCGGUGAAGCGGAAACCACCAUCUCCCCCGGCCAAGAAGAAGGCUGCCAAGCCAGGUCGUCCGGCAAAGAAGGGCAAGAAGGCUUCCUCCGAGGAGUCCGGAGAGGGAAGCGAGGAGGAGGAGGAGGCGGUGGGGAGUGACGAGGAGGAGAGCGGGGAGGAGUCCGACACACCCGCCGAUAAGAAGGCCAGGAGACCGCCCACGGACGAAGAGAUCAAGAAGUAUGUGAAGCAGAUUCUUGAGGGUGCCAACCUGGAGCAGAUCACAAUGAAGACAGUGUGCAAGCAGGUGUACAGCCACUACCCAGACUUCGAUCUCGCGCACAAGAAGGACUUCAUCAAGGCGACGGUCAAGUCGUGUAUUUAAGAUGUUAAGAGUUAAGGUCGAAGAUUAGUCUACGUAGAAUAACUAUAUAGCUUAUAAAGGACAUAUUAUUAUAAUAAUAAUAUAUUAUGAGAAUAUAAUUUUUUAAUUAUACACGAAAACAAAUGGAAUGGAUAUACGCCCGUUUUUAUUUAAGCUCAUAUCAUCGUGAGCGGCGCAACUCGGUCGCAGCUCUAGACUAAGAUAGUGUAAAGGACCGCACCGACAGCAGGCGACACCACACGGACUUGCUACACUCCGACUGUUAUACAGACAGAUUGACAGACAUUAUGAGAUAGUCGAUUUAAUUCGAGGACACUUCACUUCGCUGUGAACAUUGGCAACAAAAUUUAAAAUAUUGCCCUACAUUUAAUGUUAAAUACAUACAAGAGUGGUGGGUUAUAUUAUACAAAAGACCAGGAAUCGCUGGUUGAGCCUCAUGUGUCUGUAUGAAGUUCUUAAGUUUUAAUACUGGCACCACUUUAAAACAGCUAAUAUCAUCAUCGCUAAGCAAAUCUCACAAAGCACAAAAAGAGUUAGAAGAUCAACAGAUUUUGUUGUGACACAAACUUCUAAUAAUCCGAUGAUGAUACAAACACCAAUAGAUAUGAAAGAAGUAAAUAAAAUAUAUACAAUUUAAAAUUAUAUUGCAUAGCCUGCAGUGCUAAGCUUAUUAUAUUAAGCUGUAUAAUAGUUUUAUUUCUGUUCAUGUUAUGAAAUGAUAAAGAAAAGUGUUACUCGAGAUAUGAUCAAAUGGAAUAAAAUUUCAGUCAGUUUCUAACUUUCGGAGUGUAGCAGUUAUGAAUUAGAUGGCGCGGCGUGUUUUUUGUAAUAUUAUUUAGUAGUCGUGAAGCCGGUUUAGUGUUAAGCGAUAUAGAUGUAAGGUAUGUUUAGUGUAACUUGUUUUAUUUUGUAUUUUCUUUGUUAUUGAGCUGUGAUGGCCCUGAUGUUGUGACCUUCGCACACGAGACCUUCUCUUACAUGACGUUCGGCGAUUAUUUGAGGGUAGAUUAAAAAUUAUUUAUCUUGAAAAAAUGACUAGCUUCGUGUAUUAACAAUGUUGUAUAUCUGAUUUAAAAUCAUACUUUCUCAAUUUGUAUAUACCCUCGCUAUCCAUCCUUGACCUUGAGAAUCCUUGCACGAUGGUAUCUUGAUUAUUUUAAAAAAUACGAAUCUGUUCACUGUGGCCGCGGUAACUAAUGGGGUCGUGAAAUAUAUUUAGAAACCCAGUAUGUUCGCUUGUAAUAGACACUGUUGUCAAUAACUGAUCAUUACCGUUUAAAUUGCACAUUCACCUAAAUUCUACACCAUAAAGAUAUUCGUAACUUACAGGCCUACGUUAUUCUGAUAUUGGCUAAAUUGUGAUGGCCCUUCCGCAAAUCAACAACAUAAAGAAUAGAAUUGACAAUCAUCGAAAACUAAACAAAUUGAUUUAAACUGAAAAUGUUGAGUCUAUGUAUGCAAUAUAAUAAAAAUAUACAAAUAAAAGUAUCCGAAAUAAGUAUUGCUAAGUUCAAUAUAAUAUUUGUUAUUGUGGGGACCAUCCGGAUUGUUUGCUGUCUUUUCAGCACGUUUAGGACCGUAGAAUUAGAGUAUUAAUAGAAAAGGGUUCAUAGCAUUUUGUUAAUUUGAUGACUAAAAUCCUCCGACGCUCCUGGCACACAGUUCAUAAAAUGUCUUCUAUGUCGACAAUAACAUGGCGCUACAUGGUCUUUACAUCUAGAACUGAUCUUGUAAGGCGAGCGAUGACCAUUUUGUGAGUGCGUGCCAUAAGCUUUGGUGAUUAGUAUAUAGAUAUAUCGGAUGUCACAAAAUCGCGGCCAAUCACACGCUAUUAUCUCUCAUAAGUACAUUUAUUUUAUCGGAAAGCAUUGUACAAAUAUUGGUUCGGCCCGCACAGGUCAGAUCUAAAUUAAUACACCCGAGUCGCCUGUGUAUAUUACUGAUAAAUUUCGUAUUGUUAAUUGAUUUUGAUACUUACGGUGUGGAAUGUAAGAUUAUUUUUCUAUAACUAUAUCCUACGCAGUCUUAGUGUAGCGGGAUACUAUUCGUGUAAAAUUCGUAUGUAAGCGUAACGUAAGUAUGUGUAAAUAUUACACGGAACUUUUGGGUAAACGUAAAGUGGGUGAAGUUGACCCUAGCUCUAUGUUUUGUAUUCAAGAGGUCUUUAAGCGAGAGCAAUAGCGUUGCUUCAAGAUACUCCAUAACUUGUAGCCUGACGUCAAAUACAUGUUAUAAUAGGCAUCUGUUAGAGGUGAUAUGGUUCAAUAAAAUCCUUUAAAAGUAUUUAUAUGCUUUGCGAUAUGGCUUAAAAUUGAAAAGCAAACUUUUGACAUACAGAGAUCGGACAGAUAGUCAGAAGCGGGAUCAUUUAUAAAAAAAAUAUUUUUAAAUACUCUGAUACGCUCUUUAUCGCGAAUUAGAAAUUUAUACAUAAUAUUCCAUUCCUGGCUCUUAGUAUAAGGCCGAAAAAAUACAACUCUUAGAUUUUUUUGAAGUAGAAGAUUUUGAAAUUACCCGCAGAACUAUGUUUCGACUUAGGAGACACCUUCAGUGAACAUGUGGAUGACGUAACAUUCUAUAUUACACUUAGGUGCUUUCUUGUUUUCACGCACGUGGCAUGUUUGUUGCUGUCCGUCACUUCUAGAAGUAACGUUGGGCCGUGUCCUGACGUCGAAAAAGUGAUUCUCGCUACUUAGUCUUGGGUUCAAAUAUUAAUUUCUAACUACCCUCAAUAUUAUAUGAUAACGAACAUGAUGAAAUUUUAUUAAAUAUACAUUAAUUUUUAGUAUUUGAAGUCGUACUUUGUAGUACUGUAUAUUUUCUAAUGUUUCUAUGUUACCUUUUGUGUAUUAUUGAAACUGGAAUGUGUUGAUGUUUUUUCGAAUUUUAUUAAUUUCCUCGGGACACGGCCCAACUAUAUCAAUAGUAUAGUUUUAAUCAACAUUAAAUGUGUAUUUGUGAAUUAUACCGUAUUUUGGUUGAUAUUACUUUGUAUUGGUGUACAUGGCUGAUUGUAGUGACACGGAUUGAGAUGAGUGAUUCGUUCCCUUUUACAAUUGGAGUUAUAGAUAAUAAAGCAAAUAAAAAUAA